AUGGCCAGCAACAGCGGAGAGCCAUGGUGCCAAGGCGCUCUGGAGAAAAAGCGGCAGGAGAUGCUUGCGGAGUUCGAGCGCCAAAAAGACCUCAUCCGGCAGGAGACUGAGAAAGCUCGACCUGGGCAAAACCGCUUUGUCGGCGUGCAAGACUCCACUGAGGAUGCUCUCAAGAAGAGCACUGUAGGAUUAGUUCAGCUCGAGGAGUUCCAGAGUGCAAGACGGGCGCUUGAGGAACUGAAGGCGAGGGAGGCGGCAAGGACGGACGAGUUGGGCAAGGAAGUGAAGAAGGUGAAGAAGAAGCGUAAAGCUGUGAAAAAUAACCUGUCGUUUGCAAUGGACGAUGAAGAGGAGAGUGCUGGGCCUUCAGGAAGGUCGACACCUCAGCCCAAAGCAGUUUCCCGCGAACUGACCUCUGCACCUACACCCAAUACUGAUGCGAACGACGUUGCUACCCCGGAAGGAGAUGAGGAACGCCCAUCCAAGCGUCCCAAAUUGGGGAAAGCCCCGGGGGUGGAUACGAGCUUUUUACCUGAUAGGGAGAGGGAGGAGGCGGAGCGCGCUGAGCGGGAGUCCUUGAGACAAGAGUGGUUGCAGCGACAGGAAGACAUGAAGCAGGAGGAGAUUGAGGUGGUGUAUUCUUACUGGGACGGGCAGGGACAUCGGAAGAGUGUGAUCUGUAAGAAAGGAGAUGAAAUUGGCAAGUUCUUAGAGAAGGUCAGGCAGCAAUGGAGCGAACUACGGGGAGUGACAACCGAUAACCUGAUGUACAUCAAGGAGGACUUGAUUAUACCGCAUCACUACACCUUCUACGACUUCAUUAUUAACAAGGCACGGGGUAAAUCCGGUCCCCUGUUCAAUUUUGACGUACACGAUGAUGUGAGAUUGUUGGCAGACGCCACGGUGGAGAAGGAUGAGUCGCAUGCGGGCAAGGUAGUACAGAGAUCGUGGUACAACCGACAGAAGCAUAUUUUCCCAGCUUCCAGAUGGGAAGUGUAUGAUCCCGAGAAGGACUAUGGGAAGUAUACCAUCAAGAGCUAGAUGGGGUUAUUUCCCGAAAUUGUGGGUGUUGGUCAGAAUAUGGUCAUGCGAUGUGUAGAGGGU